UUCCGAAUUGAUGCGGGCUGUGUGUUGGAUAUUGAUUUUAUGCCGAAUCAAACGGCUCAUUUGAUCUCGAUAUCGGGUCAUUCGACUGUUGGUUUAUGGGAUGUUGAGAAAGGAAUCGCCAUCUUACAGUUCGUUGGCCACGAAGGUUCUGUACGUGCUUUGAGCGUGUGCAAUGACUCACCCGGUAUGAUCGUUUCAUUACUGCAUCUGGUUUACAUCUGUUUUGUAUCCGAAGUAGUUUAA